GGCAUCUCAUGGCGAGAUAGAGAAGCUGUCUGACCGUGGCACUCUUGGCGGGAAGCCCAAUGCUCAAUUUGUCCGGGCGGACAGUUGUUCAAUCCAGUAGGCUGCUUGUUUUUUGGUGAAUGAAGGCACCGAAGGCACCUCGUUGCAUCUAACGCAAUGGUGGCAGUUUUUGCUCAAGAGUUGCUGGUCUCUGGCGGACGUGCGCGAUGUUCGGCUACAUUGGCAUGGGACCUAUGGGCCUUGGUCCAGUCUCGGGUGGCAUCCCAGUGCUGAUUGAGGAUCCGUGGGACGACGUGCCUUUGGUCCUCGAGGUUCCGGUGGGUGUCAUUGGCCCCGGCCUAGCACUCCACGCAGCGCUCCACCCAGCACUCCACCCAGCGCUCCACCCACUGGGAGCCUCAUUGGGCUCAGCCUUGGGCCCAGAGAGGAUUGUGAGCGUGGGACGCGAUCGGACCUUGGAGCUGUACCAUGAGACAGACUCACAGGCAGCCGAGCGCAUCUUGAGGUCGCAGCAGAUGUUGCGUGGCGAGAGUGGCAUGGCAGGCGGUGGCAUCUACUUUGCUGAGAGCCCAUCCGAAGCACGGCAGAAGGCCCACCGCCACGGGGUCAUGCUCAAGGCCGACGUGCGCGUGGGCCGGAGCAAGGAGGUUCAUGGCACCAUCAGCACCUGUUGCAGCCGCUUGCAAGAUGAGGGCUAUGACUCGGUGAAAAUCCUGGGGUGUCGAACCGGCCCGGAGCACGUGGUCUACAACUGCGGUCAGGUCUCCAACAUCCGGCAGCUCUGAGAUGCAGCUCAAAUCUGAUAGCUGUGAUGAGAAUGUGUUGAUGCUCAGCUUCCAGGCCAUGGUGUUUGGUUUUCACCCGAGUGGCGGAUUUGCCGCGAGACUGGACUGUGGCGAUGUGCCACAGGGUCUUUGUGUACAGUGUACAGCAAAUGUAAAGCGCAGGCAGUUCCCAGGCACUUGGCAAGUCUCAGGCCCCCAACGCAGGGGGAGUUUUCGAGACAUGACCUGAUGCGUGCUGCCCACUGUGGCAGCCGUGGCGACUGCCAACGGCUUCUCGUGUUUUGCUGCGGUGCUGAGCCACAGCUAGCCAACGUCCGGCAGCUCUGAGACGCAGCUCAAAUCUGAUAGCUGUGCGUAGCCCUGGAAGCUGAGCUUAAGCAUGGGUGGAAU